AUGAGUGUAUCAUUCAGAUUCGAAAUUUUUGGAUCGCAAGAACGACAUUUAUACUGGUUUUCUGAAGAGACGUCAAUUAAGCCGGUAGUACGAGCGUACCGAAAAUCAGAAGUAGUGAGAGGACCAGCCCCAAAAAUCCCAUAUGCACCUCAACCGGCAUACAUAACGUAUUAUGAUGAUGGUGACGAUAAGACUACAAGAAUCAUAGAUCAUGAACUCGAUGAACUUAAAAAACGACAGAAAAGGGAAGUGGAGCUUGAGUCAGUCGUUGAAUACAGAGAAGUAUCCAGAUGUAAGAUAUAUAUCUUACGAACAAAUAAAAAUGAUGAGACGGAAUGGGACGAGCCCAUCAAGAUCUACACUAUUAUCAACAUCAAGAGGAAAGCACACCAUUAUUUUCAAAGAUGA